AUGUAUGGGAGGCUUCAUCAACUCCCCAGACCCCCAAAUGCUCACCACAUAAAUUUGGCACAGUACCUCGACAAGAAGCUGUUCGUCCAGCUCAAUGGCAGCCGCAAGGUCAUUGGCGUCCUGCGGGGCUACGACGUCUUCCUGAACAUCGUUCUCGACGACGCAGUAGAGGAAAAGGACGGCGGCGAGAAGGUUCGCUUGGGCAUGGUUGUCAUCAGAGGAAACUCGGUCGUCAUGCUGGAGGCUCUCGAGAGGAUAGGCGGCGACCGUGACCGUGGCCCCCCACGCGACUAG